GGUUCGAGCUGCCGUACCAAGUGAAGCUCCUCAACCACCUCUCACUCCCUCGGAAUUUCUUCUUCCUACAACUUCACACGCAUGAAUGUCCACACAUCCACAUCGCACUUUGUAUACUUACGGACUUACAAUAGGUUCAGUCACUCUUCCCAGUAUCAUUGCCCGGAAUCAAUUAUCCAGAGCCUGCCCCAAGGCCGCCAGGUGCAACCACCACCAUCACCAAACAUCAAACGACAAACGCCAGCAGAUUGAUCGUUGUCGUGACUGUGACACUCCUUCUCUUUGCGACCACCAGACCCAUUAGACUACCCAGGAUAUUGCUACUUCUCUUUUCAGCCAAUUUGUUUCUAUUCUCCUUUCACUCUCCGUUCAUUCAUUUCUUCAUUUUCCAUCAUUUCCAUUUCUUCCAAUCCUCUGCGGCCAGGCGAGAAGCCAUUGCUUGCCGUGGAAUAUCAGCAGCCUCGAGCAGGUUCGCUUGUUUUCCGUCCCAGAAUGUCGGAUUUCAUGCUCAAUGUGGCCUGUGAUACUCCUCGUAAUCCAGGAAGCCCUACAGACUCUGGCUAUGACUCUGUCUCUCCAACUAGGCCUCCCAGGAGACUUGUUGCUUUGGACUUUGACACUCCGGAGGAUCUGGGCUACAUUUCCAAUUCCGGCUCACCAACAAGAAUUGUUCUAGGGAAACGUCGAAAGCCCGCCAACUCCAACCAGCCAUGUGAGUUUUCACUUUGAAGGAUAUGUCCAGGUCGGUUGAUUGACUAUGCUUCCAGCAGCCAUAAGCAAUUUCCAAGACGACUUCCACUCGAGUUUUGUCAAGCAAAGAUAUGACGGACCUUCAGAUGAAUAUCAACUCCCCACUGCUGCGACGUUGCCACGCACGAAGCCUCGGUCAGUGUUCCGUCGUCGACCGCAACUCUGCACAUAUGACUCUGCCACCUCACAAAAGUUGACGGGAUCUCUCCGAAGCCCAGACCGUUUUCUACCUGCUCGUAGAUCAGCGAUGGAUUUUGCAACGCAAACUUUCCGUUCCAAUAAGGAUCCUAAAAGCCUGACCCUAGAUGAGAAACUGCUCAGGAAUAAAGAAGCUAGUUUUGACGCCUUUAAUCCCCGGAGAAGCGUCACUUCACCAAUACCCCUCGCUAAUCGACCAGCAGCCAGACGUAAUGUGUCCGCGAAUCGAAGUGGUGGUGGUGGUAAGCUUUUUUUCUUGACUUCGGGAUUCUGCUAAGAACCAUUCAGGUGCGAGUGUGCUCACAUUUCAUAGAGAGCCUGCGUCACCAAAUGGCGAGCGACAGGUGAGUAGAAAAGUGCAUUCAGUGGCGAUCAUGGAAACUUCACAGAACCGCAUAAUAAUCUCGGUCCAAUUUCCAUAGCUCUAUAUAUAUCGAAAGUGAUCCCAUUUCCCACCCUGGCUUCUUCGUGACAACGGAUCCAUUGCCCCAGAAUGCUGACUUUUACAGGUCAGUGUCGGUACAGUGUGGUCAGUUGGAGGCCUAGCGCCUUACACAUCCGGAGUUUCGAAUGGCAGAGGGCGCCUUCUCGGGAGUGGAACCAAUGCCCCUUUAUACACUACAUCAUUCUCUGCUGCUAAGCCAAAGGCCCAAGAAGACUCAGAAAAACAUGAAGGGCGAUUGGCAGAGGCGCUGGAGUUGGAUAGAGUUUCAAGAGUCUUCGAGUUUCGAGAACGCACCACAUCCCCUCAACGGCCAUCAGCAUGUGCCCGAACUGAUUCUAAUGUGGAACAAAAGACAGUAUGGAAAGGGACAGAAUGGAUAAUGAAUUCCCAAGAUCAAAGUAGGUACACUUUGGGUGUCAUUGGCUAGAAUCCGCAGGGUUAACCUAUAACUCUAGAGACCCGUGUCACCCAAGAAGUUCGUAAUCUUCCAAUGGCUCCUUUCAAGUGGGUUUUAUUGGCCUAAUCAAUUAGUCUCCUUGUUACUAAUGAACAGUAGAGUUCUUGAUGCCCCCAAUCUCCGUGACGACUUCUACUGUUCCGUCUUGGCGUACUCUGCAACUUGCCAUACGCUGGCCGUAGGACUUGGUGCUCUUUUGUACGCAUGGUCUGAGAUGCAAGGGGUUCAUUUGCUCAAUGGAGGGACUAUCAAUGGCUCAUGGAUAACUUCCCUCGCGUUUUCUUCUUCUCAAGGAGGGAAGUGCAUUCUUGCCUCCGGUCGAUCGGAUGGUACUCUGAGUCUCAUGUCUCUAUACGACAGCAUGGUUCCACGAUUUGAAAUACAGCAGCCAUGCCCAGUGGCAUGUGUCACAUGGCGACCGACCGUGACAAUGCGACCUUCUCGAUGCCCAAUGUCGUCUAACAUGUCGGUCAAAACGGAGGAUCUGCUCGUUGGAGAUGAAGUCGGAAAUGUUUACUAUUAUUCUGUUGAAUGGCCCGAAAACUGGGAGAUUUCUCGAACGGCAUGGUCAGGAUCAAUGACCCUUAUUGCCAAGAUAUCUAUUCAUACUCAGCAAAUUUGCGGUCUAUCAUUUAAUACCGAUGGCAGUCUUUUCGCCACGGGUGGAAACGACAAUCUUUGCUGCUUGUUUCAAUCCAAUGUUGUUUUGAACUCUCCAAAUGCUAAUGACAGGGAUGGGCAGGAGGUGUUUACCGGUGCUGAUGGAAUUCGGCGCAUGCAUACCGUUUCAGGGCAGACAUCCGUCAGAGAAAUCACUUCUGGUGCUGAAAAACACCGGUGGACACAUGGAGCUGCGGUCAAGGCCAUUGCAUUUUGUCCCUGGCGUGAAGGACUGGUAGCAACUGGAGGUGGCAGCAACGACAAAUGCAUACACUUCUUCCACACGUCAUCUGGAGCGUGCCUUGCUACAAUCAGUGUUGCUGCCCAAGUCACUUCCCUGAUCUGGUCAACCACUCGACGAGAAAUCGCAGCAACUUUCGGCUAUGCACAACCUGAUCAUCCUUACCGAAUCGCGGUCUUCUCUUGGCCUGAAUGUAAGCAAGUAGCCGCAAUUCCUUGGGAAGGUGAGCACCGUGCUUUGUUCGCGAUAUCAUAUCCAGGCGGUCCAAAUGAGAGCCAGACUAGCCGGGAAGGUGGUCGUGGAUUAAGUCGAACUGCCAAGGAGGGAUGUAUAGUUGUUGCUUCUAGUGAUGAGAGUGUCAAGUUCCAUGAAGUCUGGACGGCUAGUCAGAAGGCGACGGCAGGUGGCGAAGGACUACUAGGUGGAAGUGAUAUCUUAGAGUCGUUGGAAGGAAUAGAUAAGGAAGGUGAGGUUAUUCGGUAGGUUGAAAGGUUGAAAGUUGCAAGCGUAGAUGGUUGUGAUGUUUGUGGAGAUGGUGUUAUGAUGCUACUGUUGUUGGAAGGUUUAGACUGGACUGGCUGAUACCCCCAUACAUGAAUAGAUUCUCUUGCCGUUUGUUGAA